CGGGUCGGGGAUUCCAUCGCGUACACUGAUUUCCGCUUGGCCGGCCACUCGGCAGCGAAGCGAGAGUUGCGGCCGGGAGCCAGAGAAGGCCGCAGCCAUGCAGGUCUCCAGCCUCAACGAGGUGAAGAUCUACAGCCUGAGCGCGGGCCGGAGCCUCCCCGAGUGGCUUUCCGAUAGGAAGAAGAGAGCACUACAAAAGAAAAAUGUGGAUGUUCGCAGAAGAAUCGAACUUAUUCAAGACUUUGACAUGCCCACAGUUAGCACAAAGAUUAAGGUAUCAAGAGAUGGACAGUAUAUUAUGGCAGCUGGAACAUAUAAGCCAAGGAUCCGGUGUUUUGAUACCUAUCAAUUAUCCCUGAAAUUUGAAAGAUGCUUAGAUUCUGAAGUGGUUACAUUUGAUAUUUUAUCAGAUGAUUACUCAAAGAUUGUCUUCUUGCAGUGUGACAGAUACGUUGAGUUUCAUUCACAACAUGGCCGUUAUUACAGGACAAGAAUACCAAAGUUUGGUAGAGAUUUCUCCUAUCACUACCCAUCGUGUGACCUGUAUUUUGUAGGAGCAAGUUCUGAAGUAUACAGAUUAAAUCUGGAACAAGGAAGGUACCUGAAUUCUCUACAAACAGAUGCUUCGGAGAAUAAUGUCUGUGACAUAAAUCCCAUACACUGCUUAUUUGCUACUGGUACAGCUGAGGGGAAAGUGGAAUGCUGGGACCCUAGAACUAGAAAUCGAGUUGGUGUGUUGGACUGCGCUUUAAGCAGUGUGACAGCAGAUACAGAGAUAGAUGGCUUGCCAUCUAUUUCAGCACUGAAGUUUAAUGGAGCUUUGAAUAUGGCUGUAGGCACAUCCACUGGACAGGUUUUGUUGUAUGAUCUCAGAUCCAGUAAUCCAUUAAUAGUCAAAGAUCACCAGUAUGGCCUGCCUAUUAAAUCAAUCCAGUUCCAGGAUCCAUUAGAUUUAAUAAUAUCUGCAGAUUCACGAAUCAUAAAAAUGUGGAACAAGGACACGGGGAAAAUAUUUACUUCCAUGGAGCCAGAACAUGAUAUCAAUGAUAUCUGCCUUUAUCCUAAUUCAGGAAUGCUGCUGACGGCCAAUGAAGACCCUAAAAUGAACAUCUACUACAUUCCAGUUUUAGGUCCUGCCCCAAGAUGGUGCUCAUUCUUGGACAACUUGACAGAAGAACUGGAGGAGAAUCCAGAGAGCACAGUUUAUGAUGAUUACAAAUUUGUUACCAGAAAAGACCUUGAAAAUUUAGGCCUUGCCCAUCUCAUUGGAUCACCACUGCUCAGAGCAUAUAUGCAUGGCUUUUUCAUGGACAUACGACUGUAUCAUAAGGUGAAAAUGAUGGUCAAUCCAUUUGCCUAUGAGGAAUAUAGAAAAGAGAAAAUUAGACAGAAGAUAGAAGAAACACGUGCACAAAGAGUUCAACUAAAGAAACUUCCAAAGGUUAAUAAAGAGUUGGCACUCAAGCUGAUUGAAGAGGAAGAGGAACAGCAGCCUACUAGAAAAAAGAAACAAAAGAAUCUGCCUAACAUUCUCACUGAUGACCGAUUCAAAGUCAUGUUUGAGAACCCAGAUUUCCAGGUGGACGAGAAGAGUGAAGAAUUUAGGCUGCUUAAUCCACUUGUUUCUAAAAUAAGUGAGAAAAGAAAAAAGAAACUAAAGAUUUUAGAACAGCAAGAAGCACAAGAGCAGGAAGAGGAGGAAGAACCAGAAGGAAAACCAAGUGAUGCAGAAAGUUCUGAGACUUCAGAUGAUGAAAAAGGCUGGGUUGAAGAGGUCAGGAAACAGCGCAAACUUCUACGCCAAGAGGAAAAAGUAAAACGGCAGGAAAGGUUCAAGGAGGAUCAGCAAACAACACUGAAACCUCAAUUCUUUGAGAUUAAAACAGGGGAGGAAUUCAGAAGCUUCAAGGACUCUGUCAAAAAGCAAAAAUUAAUGAAAAAAACCCUUGGAGAUCGCUUGAAGCUUGAAGAAAAGCUUGGCACACUCAGUGUAUCUGAUACCACAGUAGGCAGCAAACAGAUGACAUUCAAAUUAAAAAAGUCAGGGCAGCAGAAGAAACAGCAGGAAGCUGAGAAGCAACAUCAUCAGGAGAGGAAAAAUCUCAGGCGUUCAGCUAGCCACCUCAAGAGUAAACGUGGUAGAAGAGGACCAUUUUAAUUACUUCUUAAAGAAGCUGCUUUACUUUCACUUGUCACCUGGAAAGUGGGACUUUACAGCACAGGCGUACUCCUUUUUGUAUCUAAAAGGUGGACAUAAGAAAACUAGAACCUAUUAAACUGUAUGUGAGCUAAUGAGAAGGUCACAAAAUGCUUGGAGUAUUUGGAGAAGACACCAUGAGGACAGUGUUACAAACUCAGUCUUGGUUUUGACUUGUGAACGAAGCAGCAGUGAUUGGUUAUUGUGUAACCCUGGAUGUGAUUUAUAUGAAAGUCCUGUCUGUGAAAACAGGACCUUAUCUGUCUAUUUAAUUUGAGAAACAGUGGUUUAUUUUUUUAGCAUCAUGAAAUGUUCACUGUUUAAAUGUGGAUUGAAAAGUUUUAGGCCUCUAAGACCUGAGAUCAAGGGUUAAGUCAUUUUUCCCUAUAAUAGCUGACAUCAUAAACACACAAAAUAGGAAUCACCAUAGCUUUGGGUAUUGCUGUUGUCCUGAUAACAGAUGAAAUCACACACAACCCUGAGCAUUGGCUUUGGUAUGUACUGGUAAGUAAGGCCAUGAUUCAGCAAAGUAGUUAAAUGCCUAAGUGUCUGCAAGUUGAAGUCAGUGAGACUAGUUGCAUGUGUAAAGUUAGCCACAUGAUUAGUACCUUGAUGAACUGAGGCUUAAAUUAGGAAGCGACCAGUAUGUUCAGUGUACGAACAUGGGGCCUGAUCAUGUAAACCCUUCAUUUAUGCAAGCAGUCUUUAUCCACAUGAGUUAGUACCAUUAACUUCAAAUAUUGCAGGAUUGGAAUCAUGUCAAGGAACAUACUGUAAAUUGGAUGUCUAUCAAAUGCUUUAAAGAUAACUUAGUUGUAACUUUAAAUUCUACACUUUUCAACUGGCGUCAAAUUAAAUCCAGUGCAGAGAGGGCAAAUGCAAGGCCAUAGGCAAUGGUAUGAAUUCUGCCUUAAAUGUUUUGGAUCUUAAAAGAAUGUAUUCAUCGUUUUUUUUUUUUUUUUUAAAUCUGCUUACUGUUUGGAUAGUCCUAAUAAAUUGUGAACUUUCUGGAUAGA